AUGGCAUCCAGAAAAUUUUUGGACGUUUUGAUCCGAGAUUAUAUUGGAGUUCUUGAAUUGAAAUUACGUGAUGUAAAAGUUGUUCUUAACAUUCUUGUUGCUUGUAAAGAACUCUGCCUUCAAGACCUCUUUGACUAUAUGCAAGAUUAUCUUCUUAAUAAUAUGACAGAAGCAAUGCAACAAAAUUUUUGCCUUGUUCAACGUAUUAAUUUAGAUGAUUCGAUUCUUAGUAGAUCUGUUGGUACCAUUUCUUCAAUUUGUAAUUCCCCUUUACAUGGUCCUGUUUUUCGAGGUAUUCUGAUUUUUAACGGUGAUUUCAAAAAUGAUUGCGCUUCUUAUUGUAAUUUUGAUAAAGCUACCACCCCUUAUGAGGGUCCUAUUAGAAAGACUAAAGAUAAAUUUUCUGUUGAUGAAUUAGAAGUCUUCCAAGUCAUCAAAAAAAAAUUAUAG